UCAAGAACAAGCAGAGUUUUGUACCGUUGCCAUCCAUAUUAAAUAUAGGAUCUUAACUGGAUUGUCAUAUAUCGAAAUACAACAAAGAAAUGAUCUACUUGGAUAUAGAAAUAGAUAUAUUUUAGGGGUGUUACACAAAAACAAACGAGGACACGAUGUUUAGGGAAGCUGUGUGUAACAGACCGGAUGUUCAAUAUGAUAAACGCGCUAAAGAAACGGAAGCCGGGAUGUAAAACGCUAGGGGAAAAUGAAGCGUGAAAAAAAUUAUUAUUCUGAAAAUACAACGUAUAUUUAUUCGGUCGAUAAGUGGCGGUCGGGAGCCGAUACCCUCUUCGUAAAGAUAUCACUUAAUGAAAUAUAACGUUGGAAAUAACCCGUCGGAGAACAGGAAACUCCAGUUAACGUUAGCGCGAGACAAGAAUAACCUGAAAUUGUGUACAGGCAGCUACCACAAGGAAAACUUUAACUCCCAUGAUUUUUCAAGAAAAAGAAAUGGACACAGUAUCAAGUGGGACCGGGGUCUUCUACCAGGUGAUGCCUGCUGUUGGAGAUGACGGAAAGAACAUUAUGAAGCUAAUUCCUGUACAAAUGGUUAAUGGGCACUUUGUCCAAACUCAAAUAAGCAAACCCAAAAUGGAUUCUGAACCACGAAAAGCUUUAUCUCUAAACAUUGCACAGUCACCUGUUCAGAUGGUCAGUACAUCAAAUUUGACGGCCACAGCCCCUCAGCAAAUUGUCAGAACCCCAACCCAUUUAUUUAUGAAUGUCUCAUCCAACCAAACUGUAGCUACCAGGAACUUUGCUAAUUUUCCGAUUAAAAAUCCACUACCAGAUCAAACUGUGAACCAAAUGACAAAAGUUCCUCAUACUGCACCAUUGUCAAAGUUAGUAAGACAUCCUGAUCAGCUCCCAAUAACUGUGAAAUCCACAGCACUCUCAAGAGGAGAGUAUGUCCCCAGGCAGAAUUUUAGUCUACCAAGUAACUCCUCUGCAGUCUCAGGCCAACUGACUGCAUAUGUGUCUCCUGUGACCGCUUUAGGUUCACAUGUCACACCACCAUCCAAUUCAGCAUGUCAUUCCCUCAAACAAAUUUCUGCAGCAGAAAAUAAACCAAUAUGUGAGCCUACAUUGCCAAAAAGGUCAAAACCACAUUUGAAGUUAAUCCAAAAGAUUUCCCAAAGGCCAAACAGUCCUAUAAAGUGGGUAAUUGAAGAAGAAAACACUACAGUCCUCCCAAGUCUUGACCCUCUUAAUUUGCCUUCUAUCACCUCUGAGAUUCUUCAAACUGUUGCGAAAAAAGAAAACAAGAACCUGCACUCCAAAACCAUCAUGUACAACAGGAAGAUCUUUUUUAUUGCCAAAAAGUGCAAUCUGCCAUUUAAAAUUAGAGAAGAGACGGACAUGUCACCCCCCAAAAAUUCAGAGUUCAAUGAAAUCAGCGUACCCUCAAAUGAUCAUCAAAUGAAAGAGUCCAACAGCAUUCAACAAGAUUCAAAUGAAGUCAUUGACCUUUGUGAUGAUGAUCCUCAUGAGGAAUUGCUUCAUACUGCCACCAUGAGUUUUCCAGAUGAAGAUAAUGUGAUAUUUGUGUCAUAUAUACCACCCAAAUCCAAGUCUGGGUCAAGUGAAGACUUAGCCAACCCCCCUGCUGAAAAGGAAACCACCCAGAUGGGCAUGACAGGUUCUGACUGUGUGACAGGUGAAAAAAACUGUGCUGCCCCCCGCAGAAAAGUUAUAGCUGACACAGACACAAAUUCUACUAAUAUACAUGGCUCCUCAGCAGUGACCAUAAAUGGUGACAUUGCCUCACACAAGGACUGCAAGCAGAGCAUGAACCACACCAGCAGAUACAAUGAAACCGAGAUGGAAACCCUCAGCAUCAAGAACUCAACAAAUCCCACACCAUAUUUGACAUAUCCACCUAAACCCUGUCAUAUGUCUGACCAUGUUCUGAGGCAGGCUUUUGGAAUAAUAGCUGAUGUGAAAAUUUGCUUACAAAGGAUACAUGUGAACCCAGCCAGGACUUCAGAGAGAAAAUCUGGGCACAUACAUGUUCAGAAAGGAAUAAAUAGAUUAAAGGGGAGAGAGGACAACUGCAGUGACCUGGACAUGUGCGUGGAUGUUGCACCAGACCAGACCUCUCCACAUCUACACAUAGAAAUCAGCCAUAACGAAUGUUCCCAUGACAGACUAAAGACAGACACACACGUUACUAUCAACAAGAGCUCCACUGGUCAAAAUUCACACGUAGGAAUAUUGGGUGAUCUUGAAAAGGAUCCAGGAAUUUGUUACAUGGAACCAUUAGAUGAAGACCUCCCCAGCACUGAUGUGAAAGACAUUCCUAGGACCCAAACCUAUACCAAUCUCAAUACAAAACUCAGCAGAGUGGGGAGGACAAGGAAGCGUACAGUGUGUCUCUGUUGUACUCCCAGCAGUCUGGAUCCGACAGUGAAGUCCAGCACAAAGCUAGGAGGACCAGGCAAGCAUGGAAGACUUAGCUUCUCUGCACAAAAGGAUGAAAGGUGUCAACAAAGAUUCUUCGGUCGACAAAGACUUAAGUUUUAAGAUAAAACAAAUGCAACAACCACACUUGUGGUAGCUUAUCUCCAGUGGAUAUGGACACUGAAACAACUCAAACAGAUUGAAAGCCUCAAAAUGCUUGUCAAAGAGAAAGAGGCAGCUCGAGAAAAGAUGAGGAAAAGCUCAGGCCAAUUUGACUGAUGUUCAAAUUUGUUGUAAUGGUAUUGAAUGUUUGUUUUAAAUAUAUGGUUUAUGUUAUUCAUUGUAUACAGUAUAUAGUUAAUGUUGCCUUUUCCUUAAAGUGGGGAUAGACCAAUGACUCAUGACACAUUUUUAAGAUUAUCU